GUCAGCAUCAAACUUCUGUAUUGUUUCGUCAAACAUCACUCCUUAAAUUUGUGCAGUUGCCCUGUUGAACGCUGUAUUUGGAUCUCUGACAUGGAGGAUAUGCUGUCAUUCUGGGAUGUAGUAAUAUAUUUCUCUGCAGAGGAGUUAAAAUACCUGGGUCCUGCUCAGUGGAAAUUAUACAGGGAUGUGACGUUGGAGAAUUACAACAACCUUGAAUUUCUAGGUCUUGCUUCCUCUAGGCCAUACCUGGUCACAUUUCUAGAGCAAACACAGGAGCCUUCAGAUGUGAAGAGUCAAGGGGCCAUCACUGUGUACUCAGGGGAAAAAUAUUCUACAUACAAAGAAUAUGGCAAAGUUUUUAAGUGGAAAAAAGUAUUUCAAGAUCAGCAGAUAAUUCAUUUAGGUUUGAAGCCAAAUAAGUGUAAAGAGGAUAGCAAAUCCUUCUCUUUUUCAUCAUUAUUUUCUGAACACAAAAGAAUUCAUACAGGAGAAAAACCCUACAAGUGUGAAAUAUGUAGCAAGGCCUUCCAUGUUCCAUCAAAACUUUUUCAACACAAGAUAAUUCACACAGGAGAAAAACCCUACAAAUGUGACGUAUGUGGCAAGGCCUUCUACAUUCCAUUAUUACUUUCUAAACACAAGAUAAUUCAUAUGGGAAAGAAACCCUACAAGUGUGAUGUAUGUGACAAAGCCUUCAAAUAUCCAUCAAGACUUUCAAAACAUCAGAAAAUUCAUACAGGAGAGAAACCAUACAAGUGUGAAGUCUGUGGCAAGGCCUUCUGCUCUCCAUCAUCAAUUUGUCAACAUGAGAGAACCCAUACAGGAGAGUUACCCUGCAAAUGUGAAGUAUGUGGCAAGGCCUUCCAUUAUCCAUCAUUACUUUCAAAGCACAAGAUAAUUCAUACACAACAAAAACCCUACAAGUGUGAAGUUUGUGGAAAUUUCCUCCGCUCUCGAUCAUCACUUCAUGAACACAAGAGAAUGCAUACAGGAGAGAAGCCCUACAAGUGUGAAGUAUGUGGCAAGGCCUUUGAAUAUCCAUCAAGACUUUUAAAACAUAAGAAUAUUCAUACAGGAGAGACACCUUACAAGUGUAAAUUAUGUGGAAAGGCCUUCCGCUCUCCAUCAUCUCUUCGUGUACACAGGGGAACUCACAGAGAAGACAAACCCUACAAGUGUGAAGUAUGUGGCAAGGCCUUCCAUUAUCCAUCAGUACUUUCUGACCACAAGAAUAUUCAUACAGGAGAGACACCAUACAAGUGUAAAGUUUGUGGAAAGGCCUUCCGGUCUCCAUCAUCACUUCGUGUACACAGGGGAACUCACAGAGAAGACAAACCCUACAAGUGUGAAGUAUGUGGCAAGGCCUUCCAUUAUCCAUCAGUACUUUCCAACCACAAGAAUAUUCAUACAGGAGAGACACCAUAUAAUUGUAAAGUUUGUGGAAAGGGCUUCCGCUCUCCAUCAUCACUUAUUGUACACAGGGGAACUCACAGAGAAGACAAACCCUACAAGUGUGAAGUAUGUGGCAAAGCCUUCCAUUAUCCAUCAAUACUUUCCAACCAUAAGAAAAUCCAUACAGAACAAAAACCCUACAAGGGUAAGGUAGGUGGAAAGGCCUCCCAGUCUCCAUCAUCACUUCCUGAACACAAAAGAAUUCAUGCAGGAGAGAAACCCUACAAGUGUGAAGUAUGUGACAAGGCCUUCAAAUAUCCAUCAAGACUUUCAAGACAUAAGAUAAUUCAUACAGAACAAAAACCCUGCAAGGGUAAGGUAGGUGGAAAAGGCUUCUGGACUCCAACAUCACUUCCUGAAUACAAAAGAAUUCAUACAGGAAAGAAACCCUACAAGUGUGAAGUAUGUGGCAAGGCCUUCAAAUAUCCAUCAAGACUUUCAAAACAUAAGAUAAUUCAUACAAGAGAGAAACAAUACAAGUGUAAAUUAUGUGGAAUGGCCUUCUGUUCUCCAUCUUCACUUUGGCAACACAAGAGAAUUCAUACAGGAGAGUUACCCUGCAAGUGUGAUGUAUGUGGCAAGGCCUUCCGCUUUCCAUCAUUACUUUCAAAACACAAGAUAAGUCAUACAGACCAAAAACCCUAUAAUUGUGAAGUAUGUGGAAAUUUCCUCCGCUCUCAAUCUUCAUUUUAUGAACACAAGAGAAUGCAUUUAGGAGAGAAACCCUAUAAGUGUGAAGUAUGUGGCAAAGCCUUUGAAUAUCCGUCAAGACUUUCAAAACAUAAGAAUAUUCAUACAGGAGAGACACCUUACAAGUGUGAAGUAUGUGGAAAGGCCUUCCGGUCUCCAUCAUCACUUCGUGCACACAGGGGAACUCAUAGAGAAGACAAACCCUACAAUGGUGAAGUAUGUGGCAAGGCCUUCCAUUAUCCGUCAGUACUUUUAGACCAUAAGAAAAUUCAUACAUGAGAGAAAUCAUGAAAAUUUGAAGUAUGAGGCAAGGCCUUCCAUUAUGCAUCAUUACUUUCUAAACACAAGGAGAAACUCAUAUAGGAGAGAAUCCCAACAAUUGUGAUGUGUGCGGCAAGGUUUUUAAUUAUCCUUCAAGACUUUACAAACAUAAGAAAAUUCAUACACAAGAGAAACCCUUCAUAUAUUAAGUAUGUGGCCUGGACUUCUAUUGUACAUAAUUACUUUCUGAAAAGAGGAUCCAUACGAGUGAGAAACCCUAAACUUGUGAUGUAUCCAUCAAGUCCUUUAGAACUUUCCAGAUUCAUUCUCCUCAUUUGAUAACUCAUUCUGGAGAGAAACCACAAAAGUGAGGAAUGUGGAAAAGCCUCCUUUACAAAGUCAUUCCUGUAUCUACACAAAUUAACUCACGAAGCAAAGAAUAUUUACAAAUGAAAAGAACAUGUCAAAAUACUCAACAAAUUUAGGAAUUAUCAAAUAAUUUGUUCUGGAAAGAAACCAUACAAAUGUAAAAAAAAAAAUGCAGCAAAUACUUUUGAAGUUCUAUUGCAUGGUCUGAACACAGAAUAAUUCCUAUGGGAAAUAAACACUAUACACAUGAAGAAUGUAGCAAACACUGUUAUUAUCAGUCUUUGAUAAUAUUAAUCAAUAUUAAUUAAGCAAUAUCAAAGAAUUCUAUGAGCCAAGCGGUGGUGGUACACAGCUUUAAUCUCAGCACUUGGGAGGCAGAGGCAGGCAGAUUUCUGAGUUCAAGGCCAGCCUGGUCUACAGGGUGAGGUCUAGGACAGCCAGGGUCACACAGAGAAACCCUGUCUCGAAAAAAAAACAAAACAAAAACAAACAAACAACACACACAUACACACACACACCGCCAAAAAAAAAAAAAAAAAAGAA